AUGUCCUUAAAUUCGUGGCUCAUGAAAGACACCAGCCCUGCAGAUUUCAGCAGACAGUCAUUAACUGGGUUUUUCUUCAGCAUAACGGAAAGUUUAAUGACGCAAGAAUCUCGUGUUACACCUCCCUACAAUGCCAUGAGAUUUACCCUCUUAUUGUGGUAUAUUUUUUCUCUUAUCAUAUCAGCUCUCUACUCUGGAAUGUUAACUGCAGUUCUGGUGAAACCAUCGUUUGAGAAACCAGUGAACUCUCUCAGUGAUUUACCUUACGCUGUGCAGAAUGGAUUUACUUUGGUUGUUUCUGCUGACACUUCGGAUUACUUCCUUUUCAAGGAAGCUACAGACGGCAUCUACGCAGAUACUUGGAAACUCUUCAACCAGGAAGAUAAAGCAAAAAGUUUCCCUUUGAAUUCAGAUGGUUCUUAUAAUAAGAUUCUCCACGAUAAGCAAAUCUUCAUUCGAGGCGAAGCGGCAGCAAUAUUUAUCACGACGAGAAUCGGUAGAGAACAGUUCCAUUUAGCCAAGGAAACGUUCGCUCCUCAAUUGUAUGGGAUGGUGUUCUUCACUGGAGCCCCGUUCCAGGCAACAUUCAACAAGAUGUUAUCAUACAUGAUCGAAGGAGGCCUGGUUCGGAAGUGGCGUGACGAUGGAUUUCGGAAAUUGAAAAGUAAACCAACAUUAACUGAGAGUUCAGGGCACAGAGCUUUUACUCUUUCACAGUUACAGGCUGCCUAUUAUGUUUUGUUGAUCGGUCUCAUUUCUGCAGUAGUAGCACUGAUUCUGGAGAAUCUCUUCUCAUAUUUCAACAAGCUUGUGUGA